AUGCGAUUUCACUUGACCAGAUACACGAAAGAACAGAUCCUUGCCGUCCGAACCGCCCACCGGAAAGCCCAUACCUGGCAAGAUAAAGUCGCUCUCGGAACUGUGCGCAUACUCCGCUGGGGAAUGGACGUUAUCUCCGGAUACCGAACCCCCACCAACAGCAGCAACCUUUCCAAAAGCCACAUCAUGACCGAAGAGAAAUGGAUCACGAGAUUCGUCUUCUUGGAGAGUGUAGCCGGCGUGCCAGGCAUGGUAGCAGGAAUGCUCCGCCACCUCAAAAGCAUUCGUCGAAUGAGAAGAGACAACGGAUGGAUAGAAACACUUCUUGAGGAAGCGUACAACGAACGAAUGCACCUCCUCACCUUCCUCAAGCUUGCCAAGCCCGGCCCAGCAAUGCGCUUCAUGGUCCUCGGCGCACAGUGGGUAUUCUUCAGCGGGUUCUCGCUCGCAUACCUCAUCUCGCCGCAGAUAUGCCAUCGUUUUGUUGGGUAUCUAGAGGAAGAAGCUGUCAUCACAUACUCGAAGGCAAUCCAGGACCUAGAGGACGGCCAUCUGCCCGCAUGGGACAGCUUGCAAGCUCCUGAAAUGGCUGUCAAGUACUGGCAGAUGCCAGAAGGUCAGCGCUGUAUGCGCUCUCUGUUGCUAUAUGUGCGUGCUGAUGAAGCAAAGCAUCGUGAUGUCAAUCAUGCAUUGGGAAAUUUGGACCAGAACACGGAUCCUAAUCCUUUUGCGGCGAGGGUUAGGGUUCAGGUUCAGUCUGUUGCUCGUUCAGCUGGAGGCUUGCGGCAACUGCAGGGGGAAAAUAGUAAAAAGGAAGAUUGA